UAGUAGUCAAUAUGGACGAGACAAAGCGACCACUGAAGAUUCCUGCUGAAUUUACCAUGUAUGCAGAGAAAAACGAACUUUUCUCCAUGUAUGAGCGAAUGAUUCAAGAGGUGAUAUGUUCCCAGCCAACCGACCCUCUUGAGCAUAUGAUAAAUUUCUUGCAUCGUGAAAAUGAUGACGUUCCUCAGAUAAUGAUGAUUGGACCUCCGGCCUCCGGCAAGGGCAGCAUUGCUCAGCUGGUGAAUAACGAGAGUGGAAUUCACAAGAUCGACACAGCAGAUCUUCUCACAGUUGAAAUCGAGCAAGUUAAGAAGGCAAAGUCGUCGCUAGAAAGCGAUGAGGACAUCCCUGGAGAUAUUCUUGGAGCGCUGGUAAAAGAGAGGAUAUCUAAAAAGGAUUGUGCUGAUAAUGGCUGGAUGUUGGUUGGCUAUCCAAAGACAAGAGAUCAAGCUCUUGCUCUCCAACGACAUGGAAUAUUUGCCAAACACGUUGUGUUUAUGGAAGCUCCUGACAUGGUCUUAAUCGAACGGUUCAUGGGUAAACGUGUAGAUCCUCAAACUGGAGGGAUCUAUCAUUUAACGUUUGAGCCUCCCGAGAGCCCAGAGGUAGUUAGACGAAUAAAACCAAUCGAGAAUCAAUCAGAAAAGUUCCUCAGGAAACAGCUCCUUCACUAUCACAGGAAUAUUGAAGGAAUACGUGCCGCGGUUUCCAAAGGAACCACUAAAAUUAUAAAUGCUGAUCAGCCGAAAACAGACGUUUUUGCUCAAGUGUACCACUUCUUGUGCCAGCAAGCUCGCUCAGUGGCUCCGCAAUGUCCACGUGUUAUUCUUCAAGGACCUCGUGGUAGUGGGAAGGGAACACAAGCUGCUCUGUUGACAGCCAAAUAUGGUGUCGUGAACAUUUCUAUGGUGGAACUAAUAAAACAAGCGAUAGCUGAUAAUUCGAAAGUUGGAAACAUGAUGAGCACAUACAUCGACAAGAAGAUGAUGGUGCCAGAUAACAUAGUGUUGAAAUGUCUAGUGGAGCGACUUAGUAAAAUUGAUUGUGCAACUAAAGGUUGGGUUCUGAGAGGAUACCCCAGAUCCAGACAUCAGGCUGAGGCGCUUAGUGAGGCUGGAUAUGCUCCCAACAGAGUGUAUUUCCUGGAGUGCCCCACUGACACGAUAGUAGAAAGAUUAUCUCUGAGAAGAUCAGAUCCCGUCACAGGACAGCAGUAUCAUCUCAUAUACAAUCCUCCUCCAAGUCUUGAAAUGAAGCGACGACUCAAAACGCACCACAAAGACGCAGAAUCGGCAGUAGACGAAGACGUGUUAUCGUACGACAGCCAAGUUGAGGAACUAAUGGACUACUACACGACUAGUCAGAGUGUAAAUGCGGAUCAAGAUCCCCACACGGUGUUCGAGAGUAUCGAGAGUUUACUCACAAAACCUCUUCCCAAACAAGCCCUUAAAGCGACGCUGUAGAAUCGAUAAUAACUUAUUUCUGCUUUUGUGGAGCGGUUUUCUGAGAAAUGUUUUGACUAUUAGUAUUGAGACUGUCGUUGGACCAAUGUUUGGACAUUUCGGAGCAUUUUUGUGUAUUGAUAUGCUGAGAAGCUAAUUGUAGAUGAAUCGAAAGAAACUAAUCUGUUAAAUUUAAAGAUUGUACAUAGAACACUUGUCAUUGUUGUUUUUAGGUUUCAAUGAGAAGGAAAUGUUAUUAUUUACGUCAUAACAAUUAGUGAUCGUUUACACAUUACGUAAGCUAGAUUUUGGCUAUUGAAUACCCCUUCCCCCAUCAUAAGCCACAGCUGUACACAUAAGCCAAAGCUAUUGUUAGAAAUUACACUAGCGUAAGCCUUUCCAAACCCCUUCCCCUAGGCUGGUUUACGUAAUAUGUCAGCGAUCACCAAGUAAAACUUAAAGAAUCAAAAAUAAAAUGUUGACAACGGCGCUCAUGACUGUGGCAAAAGAACUUUACCGGGGCCCGCAACCUGGCCGAAGGGGGCCCUACGGAAAAUUUCAGUUAAUUUAAGUUUCAGUUUGUAAAUUUCAAAACUCGCCCCACAUAACGUCAUUUAAUUCCAGUAAUUUUGCACCCUUAUAGUUAAUACUGCUCCCAGAUAUACUUCUAUAAAUAGACGGUACGAGUUUUUGGAGUGCCCUAGUUGGGCGCCUGGAGAAGAUUUUCUCUAGCAAGCUGUGCCCACCAGCAAGCUGGUGGGCACAGCUCUGGUGGACCAGAUCAAGCUUUACAAGUCGUUGGGAUUGUUCAACACGUAUUCCUGCAGAGAAAUGCUUGUGGCAAAUUUGUUCUCAGAUGAUAAUAUGUAUUGAUG